UCGACGGUGUACAGGGAGUUCUCUUGAUCUAUAGACGAUCUUUGUACUCACCUGUCGCUAGGAUACUUUGCCCUCCUCUGCUGCCCAGCGAGUCACGCCAUUGGCGGGAGUCGUGUCGUCCCGUCAUGGAGUUUGGCGAAGAGUCGUCGCCCGCUCUGGCUUUCGAGAAGGACGCGUUUGAGCUCACGGUUGAAGAUGUUUAUGACAUUUCGUACGUAAUCGGACGAGACUUGUUAAAAAUAAGCAGCACGGGGGAAGAAGUGUCGGAUUUGCAGUUCCGAAUAGUCCGUGUUUUGGAGAUGUUCGAGACUUUGGUUAAUAAGUACAACUUGUCUCUGGAAGAGCUGAAAAUGGAGCGGGACAACUUGAAAAGCGAACUGGACAGAAUCGUCAAGGAGAGGUCCUCCGGGCAGGGCACGCAAACAGCGGGGCCGAACCAGCUGGUGGUGGACCUGACGGACCCCAACAGACCGCGGUUCACUAUGCAGGAGCUGAAGGAGGUUCUGCAGGAGAGGAACCAGCUGAAGGCUCAGCUCAUGGUGGCCCAGGAGGAGCUUCAGCUGUACAAGAGUGGGAUUCUGCCACAGGCUGAACCAGCUAUGGUGGAAGUGGAUCUGGAGACACCAGCAGCUACAGAGGACAGUCCAGCCACAAUAAAUGAUGCAAAGGAGGAGAAGACAACCAUAGGCAAACUGUUUUCGUUCAGGCGAAAGUAAGAAAAACUGUUCACAAGAACUGACCAUGUAGAAGACAAGCAGGAUUUGUCGGCACAGUUUUCUCAUAACUUAACCGCUUUUAUAAUGACUGUUUUUUACAAUGUGUAUUUGUCAAUCUAACAAACACCGUAUUUUGUACUGGUAAUUUUAACCUAAGAUGGUUUAUAGAAAUACAGAGUUGAUGUAAUAGAAAUAUAUUUAGUGUGGAGAAAUUUGAUGAAGGCAUCAAAUGAAACUGGAAAGUAUUAUCUAGCUGCUGUUUGGGAUAAUGUUGAAUGAAUUCACUCAAAAUGAAGUUAUCUAUAGGCUUGAAAUUAAGUCUUCAACUAGCUCCAUGUAAUCUAAAAACCAGUGUCACUCUCAACUGUCAGAUGUCAAAUAAAGGUAAAAGGGCUCCAACCCCUAAAAUUUAAAAUAAAGUUAUUACAUUUUGAAUAGUAUUUUUUUGUUUAUAGGUUGAAUAUUUUAUAGGUUCCUGCAGGCUCUACACUGAGACCUAAAUUUUUUAUCCUUAGAUGUUUUUUUUGGUCUUGUAACUUGUACUCUGGUACAAAGUGGCAUUAUCUACAUCGACUGCACACAGAAAACAAUGGAGGAAUGUGCAAUCUCAGCACAUCAUAG